AUGUCUGAAGGUUCCCGCGACAAUGGCAACUACUUGAAAAACCAGUUGGGUAAUUGCGAGCCAUUGACAGUGGAUUUUUUAGCGACCCUAGUAACAAAGGAGGCUCGUCAAUUGCUCACGCCCGGUUUUAGCAGAACGAAUAAACAAUUACGCUUUGAUUUAUAUACGAGAAAGAAUUCGUAUGUGAAACAAACAUUGCGAACUGGGGAUGAAAAGUCUCUGUACGAAUCCAACUUUAAUGCAAAGUGGCCAGUAAGAAUUUCCCUGCAUGGUUGGAAUGGCAAAACAACAACAUGUUCCAGUGCUGCUAUUAAAGAUGCAUAUAUGGAUGCAGGGAACUUUAAUGUCAUACUAGUCGAUUGGAGUGAUUACUCACUGGAUGUCAACUAUAUACGAGUCAUAACAGAGGUCUUUGAAAUAGCCCAGCAAUUAAAUGAUUUUACCGCAUUUUUGCAUAAAACAACCAAAUAUCCAUAUGAAGAAAUGUAUUUGAUUGGUCACAGUUUUGGUUGCCACAUAGCCGGUGUAGCGGGCAAAUUAUUGAAACACUCUCGCUAUGGUGUUAUAUAUGCUUUGGAUACCGCUGGACCCAUACAUCAGGUGUUGAAUGAGGAAUGGCGUUUAACCGCAGAUUCUGCUCUCUACGUUGAGUCCAUACAAACAGAUACCGCUCUAAUGGGUUUUCGUGGUAGUAAUUUGGCUCAUGCCUCGUUUUUCCCCAACUGGGGUUUGGGUCAGCCACAUUGUCCCAAUGUGACCGAUAUGGAACCGGAUUUCAGCUGCGAUCACUUUAGUGCUUUGUAUUAUUUCGCAGAGUCAGUACGCAAUCCCCAGGCCUUUGGAGCUAUUCAAUGCAAAACCUAUGAAAAUGUCAUUAAGCAGAAAUGUGAAUGCAGUAGUCGGAGUAAACGGUGUCCGGCCCAAGUGUUUAUGGGUGGAGAACCUGCUCAACCCAAGAGAGGAGUUUUCUAUUUGAGCACAAAUAAACGUAGGCCAUUUGGGAAUGGAGCUAUUUGCCGCAUGCGCAGAGCCAUAGAACCUACUGUUGUGAGAAUAACAAAUCCGCAAUAG